AUGAUUCGUAUCAUUUUCAUCCUGUCAACUCUUGCUUUAGUAAUCACUAUAUUUUUUGCCAAAUUAAGCAAUGAUGAUUUCUCUAAAACAGAAGACGUAUCAAUGGAAUCUCCAGAAUUAAAAGAUCCAUAUAAAAAAUCAACUGAUAUUAACACGGAAUUACAAGAAAUUCCAAGAUUUAUCAUUGGGUUUGAACGAUUUCAAGAAGAAUUUGACGGAAUACUCACAAUUCCCGAAUUUCCAAAAAGUAAACAACGCUACAAGAUCGUCGUAUUACCGAGAGACAAUAAAGGCAGCUGGCUAAUUUAUAAAAAUAAUUUAUACUUGGAUUCUAAGGAAAGUUCCUAUCAAAUUAGGAUGUACGAUAUUAAAAUAUUCCCGGGACUAAAAACUAUGAUAAGAGAUUUCUUUAGAAGAUGGUGGUAUGGGAAAGAAGAUAAUAAAUUUAUUUUUUGA